AUGGCCGACCCAGAACCAAGUCAGCCAACAAAAGAUGCAGCAGAUGCAGCAGAUGCAGCCGAGGGCGCCACGACGGACCCUGUCCGGGAGCCGGUGCCGGCACCUGGUGCUGGUUCUGGCCCCGCUCCUGAUCCCGCUCCUGCUCCCGCUCCUGGUCCCGCUCCGGGUGCCGGUCCGAAUCCCAAUGCCAGUCCUAGUCCGGCCCCGGCCCCGGCCUCCGCCCAAGCCCCCGCAUCGACAUCCGCCUCUCCUUCCGUCGCCCCGUCCGCUGCCACGCGACCUCAGUACCUCCAGCAGUUCUCAGCCGUCACACAGAUGAUCCUCCAGCGCAUCAAGGGCGAGCCAAACAGCCUGAGCGCCGCCCUGUCCCAAGCCUCCCGCUCGCCGUCCGUCACCGCCAGCAUCCCCACCGCGACCUAUGAGGACGUGAAGCGGCGGCUCGUCAUGAGCAUGAAUACCUCGACCCAGUUGACCAUGCAGAUGCCCGCCGCAGCCCCCGUCCGGCCAGCACCUGUGGCCGCAACUCCCAGGCCGGCAGCAACCAGCGCCUCCGGCAUGAGCGCCAUCAGGAAGGUCACCGCCGGCCUGACGGGGCUGUCGAAGUCCACAGCCGCCAAGGCCACAGCACCCAGGGUCCUCUCAUCCGAGUCCAAGAUCAAGAAGACCAAGCCACCCACCCGACCGCGCGGCCCCAGCGCCAAACGCAAGCGCGUCAAAGCCGAACGCGACCACGGCGACAAUGACGAUGCCAGCAUUACCCCCAGCCUCUCAUCUCGCUCCACCCCGGAAGCACUGCCAUCACCAGCAGCAGGCCCCGAACAGUCCUCUACUACUACAGCCCCGCCGACCCCCGCAACCGUCACCAAAUCCGGCCGGCAGGUCCUCAAGCCGGCCGCCUACAACCCGGCCGCCAUGGACGCCGCCGGCCGCCGGCCGCCGCGGCCGCCGCACCACUACGGCAAGCGCACCGCCGAGCAGGCGCUCUGCCGUAAGUGCUCGCGCAUGCACAGCCCGGCCGCCAACCAGAUGGUCUUCUGCGACGGGUGCAACGACGGCUGGCACCAGCGGUGCCACGAGCCGCGCAUCGCCGACGCCGUUGUGCGCGACACCCGCCAGGGCUGGUUCUGCGCCGCCUGCGCGGCCAAGAGGGACAGGGAGAGGGAGAAGGAGAAGGAGAGGUUGAAGGUGGAGCACGGCAGGCAAGCCGGAGCACGGGAGAGCUGGGCCAGCAGGCCGCCGCAGCAGAAGAGGGCGUAUCUGCUGACGCUGUCGCAGCAGGAACUGGUCGGCCUUCUGAUGAGUUGCCUGGAGCUGCACCCGGACCUGCCCAUCUUCCCGGCGACGGCGGCAGCGUCGCCGCGGUCGCUGUUCGCGGGGGCCACGACUGAGGGUCUGUUUCCCCGCGUCGAGGCGAAUCCGCUGGCGCAGAUUAAUUAUGUGAGGAAGAUCGGCGGCGGCGGCGGGAGUAAGGCUGCCGCCCAGGAGAGAGUGAAAGCCGAAGAGGAGGAGGAGUUUGACCCGCUCGUGGCGCUGUGGCCAAAACCGGGGACGGGGUUGUAUGCCCAACUGCCGCCGGACACGGAGGAUGACGCGCGGUUGAAGGACGACGCUGACUACGAGGCAUUCAGCGUCAUAUUGUACGAUGAGAGGUGGAGGAAGGUGGAGGAGAACGGGAUGCCGGUGUGA